UCAAAUUGAGAAGAGAAGAUUGGAGCUAGGCUGUAGCCAAUGUCUCUGCCAUGCAAAAGUCCGAUGGAUCAUCGUCUAAGAAGUCUGAAGUUAUUGCAUUCCCUUCUUUAGCCAUGUGGAAGAUCCAUUUUGAAAGCUUCCAAACAAGCUGCCAAAGCUGGUUAAACAAUAGCUUUAUUGAGCCAUGCCUAUUGUCACGCAAGUUGGAGUUGGAAUGUAGGCAAAUGCAACAUGUAUACUGCAAGGGGAAGAAGUUGAGAAAAGUGUGGAGUGUACAGAAUUGCAAUUAUGAGGGUUACCAGUUUGGCAGUUUGUUUGGAAGCUUCAAGAUGGAUCUUCUUCCAUAUGGCUGAUGAAUGGAAUGCAAUAAUCUGAGGCUUCUUUGACGUCGAUCUAUAUAGUUGAGGGAUUAAAUUCAGAUAAUCAAAAGUUCAGAGACCAUUUUUAAAUAU